AGGAAGAGCUGCCGGAAGUAGGCGGCUGAGGUGGUGGAGGAGCAGGCGCUAGCUGCCAGGGAAACCGCGGCGCUGCACUGUUGCCCCGCUGACAGGCAGGCCGGAGAGUUGUCUCCGUGCCCGGCACCCAGAGGGAUCAGCCUCUGUGCCUAGAUUAAGGGUGGCUGGUCUGGCAGCCUCCUCUGGACUCGUUUUUUCUCGGAGUCGGUGGGAGGGGGCUGAGGGGCUGUAGGGUGCGGCGUAGGAGCGGCUGCGAGAGCCGGGCGGCCGGCCGUGGAGGGGGCGCUCCGCCGGGCCCUGGAGGUGCCCCAGAGCGGGGACCCGGAGCCCUCCCCACCGACCCGAGGCGGGGGCUGCUGGGGGCCAGGAGGGCGCGUCGCCCUCUGCCCCCGCCGGCACCCUGGCCAUGACGGGCAAGUCGGUGAAGGACGUGGACCGGUACCAGGCGGUGCUGGCCAACCUGCUGCUGGAAGAGGAUAACAAGUUCUGUGCGGACUGCCAGUCGAAAGGGCCACGAUGGGCUUCCUGGAACAUUGGAGUAUUCAUCUGUAUUCGGUGUGCUGGAAUCCACAGAAAUCUAGGGGUGCAUAUAUCCAGGGUAAAAUCAGUUAAUCUUGACCAGUGGACUCAAGAACAGAUUCAGUGCAUGCAAGAAAUGGGGAAUGGAAAGGCAAACCGACUUUAUGAAGCCUAUCUUCCUGAGACCUUCCGAAGACCUCAAAUAGACCCAGCUGUUGAGGGAUUUAUUCGAGAUAAAUAUGAGAAGAAGAAAUACAUGGACCGAAGUCUGGACAUCAGCGCCCUUAGGAAAGAAAAAGAUGACAAGUGGAAAAGAGGGAAUGAGCCAGCUGCAGAGAAAAAGAUGGAACCUGUUGUUUUUGAGAAAGUUAAAAUGCCACAGAAAAAAGAAGAUCCACAGCUACCUCGGAAAAGCUCCCCGAAAUCCACAGCACCUGUUAUGGAUUUGUUGGGCCUUGAUGCACCUGUGGCUUGCUCCAUUACAAAUAGUAAGACCAGCAAUACCCUAGAGAAGGAUUUAGAUCUAUUGGCCUCUGCUCCAUCACCCUCAUCUUCAGUUCCCAGAAAGGUUAUAGGUUCCAUGCCAACUGCAGGGAGUGCUGGCUCUGUUCCUGAAAACCUGAACCUGUUUCCAGAGCCAGGAAGCAAAUCAGAAGAAACAGGCAAGAAACAGCUCUCUAAGGAUUCUAUCCUUUCUCUGUACGGAUCCCAGACACCUCAAAUGCCCACCCAAGCAGUGUUCAUGGCUCCUGCUCCGAUGGCAUAUCCCACAGCCUACCCCAGCUUCCCUGGGGUCACACCUCCUAACAGCAUAAUGGGAAGCAUGAUGCCCCCACCAGUAGGCAUGGUAGCUCAACCAGGAACAUCUGGGAUGGUUGCCCCCAUGCCCAUGCCUGCAGGCUAUAUGGGUGGAAUGCAGGCAUCGAUGAUGGGUGUGCCAAAUGGCAUGAUGACCACCCAGCAGGCUGGCUACAUGGCAGGCAUGGCACCUAUGCCUCAGACUGUGUAUGGAGUUCAGCCGGCUCAGCAGCUGCAGUGGAACCUUACUCAGAUGACCCAGCAGAUGGCUGGAAUGAACUUCUGUGGAGCCAAUGGCAUGCUGAGCUAUGGACAGUCGAUGAACGGUGGAAAUGGACAGGCAGCAAAUCAGACUCUCAGCCCUCAGAUGUGGAAAUAAAAAUAAACACCUGUAUGGCUAUCACUCUCCUUGCCACCCUCCUACUCCUCUUUCUCUCACUCCCUCUACUCCUGUCCCCUUGCCCACCUCUCUGUUUGGUUGAAAAAUCACUCAAUUCGUCAUUUGGAAUUUGCCAUUCAGUCCAGCCCAGCCACUUCCAAACAUGCAGGCCUCUCUGUAGCUUUAUGUUGUACAUAUCCCCAAGCCAUCCUACUCUCUUCACAGCCAUAGCUCAAGUUCCUCUCCUGGCACCAGCACCUUAGAAACUGUUGGCAGAAGGCAAUUGAACUGAGAGGAAUGUGUAUACUCUUGAGUACCUUCCCUGCAAGUUUAAUCCCCUUAGUAGACAAUGAGAGAGGUGUGUAGGUGCUGUGUCUUAGGCAAAGGGGAGAGAGUACUCGGAGUUCCUUCUAUACAUAUGUGUGUGUGUUCUAUGUGUUUAACAUUUUUUUUUUUUUUGAAGAAGAGACAUCAUGACUGAUGAAAGUGCUGGUGCCAAAUUAAAUACUCCUUGGGUCUUAAAUCAGUUUGGUCUUAGCCCUGCGGUUGAGACAAAUUGCCUCCGGUGAGGAAAAACAAAAUUAUCAUUACUUUGUUCUAAAUUUCUUUCUGGAUCUGAGGCUUCAGGACUUACUCACUGCUUCAGCCAUCUUUCAGAGCACCAAAGACAUUAUGAAACUCCCACACAAAAACACAUGUAGCCAUUCCCCACCUGCCUCCUGCCUCCUGCAGGAUCUGACUUCAUGACUGGAGGAUCACUCUCUCCAGGGGGAAUGCACAGCUCAAUUUGUGUGUGCUUUGUGCACGCAGGGUGUGGGUAUGUAUUCUGCCUCCUCUUCUCUCCCCCUGUGCUCUGGGAGUGUAUAUUUUUUGUUUUCUUUUAGGUUCACAACAGAGAGAAAUUAAUUUAUCACCAACCUAAAACUAUUCCAGUUUUUUGUGUAGUUUACAACAAUUUCAAUCUCAUCAAUAACUCCUUCCCCCCUCCGCCCCCCACCACCAAUCUACCGAUGACUGUCAUGCCUACAUAUCCUGGGCUACUCUGUUUUCCCCACCUGUCCCAGGUAGUUGAGGUAGAGAGCCUGCACAGCUUUCCUCUCAGUCAUUGUUCAUCUCACUUGAAAAUUAAAACAAGAAAACUUUGCUUAAAAGAGUUCAUCUAUGGAAACCAUAAUUUCUGGUUGCCUUUCUUCUGUGUAUGUGUAAAUUCCUUAAUAAAUAUUGCAGGGAAGGAU